UAAACAACAACAACAACAAGUUCAGUAUGAAUAUUAGCUCGACAGUUUGUUGGUGUAAUAUCUGGGAUGCACGGACCAUUACAAAUGUUGGCCCCGAUGUUCUAUGCAUACGGCAGGGCAAUGUGGCCAAGUUUAUACAUAUGCCAACAUUGACAGUCAAUUAUUUCAAGGCGGAGACAACCUCAACUGGCCUGUAUAUGAGCAUCUUUACAGGACACAAUCGUUUCCCGCUAUUUGCAUUCACCGAAAGUGUACUCCGACCACAGAUUUUAAUUUACAAAUAUCCGGAAAUGGUGAGAUUCAGUACAAUACCAUCUUAUCAGCUGAUAUACACGGAAAUACGUUUCUCAGAAUAUGAUUUAAUCGUGGGUGUUGGUGGCUAUCCCAUGUAUCCGUUGUGUGUCUACAAUUAUCGUACUGGAAAUUUGAUAUUGGAGCAGCCGACUAGAAUUCCGUCAUUCCAUUACUCUUUGGCUCUGAGUAAUACUAAUCUGCCGACAAUUGUGCAAUUUCAUAAGCAAGAAAUGAGCAUUAUAUGCUAUGAAAUGUGUUUCAUUGAGAAAGAAUCAUAUUUGCAUAAAGUAUCCGAAGUGGAAUUGGGUAAAAGUUAUUUCAAAUCAUCGCCACACUUUAUGUGCUUUGGCGAUGAUAAUGGUCUCUAUGUGGUUAAUGAUUACGGUGAGUUCUCACAAAUUGAUAUUGCCUGUUUUCUGAUCAAAUCACGUUGGAUACCUAAAUCGGAGAGUACGGAGAAUUUACUUAGGAUGGCACGACCGCACAGUUUACUCUCACAUCGCAAUGGUUUCCUUAUCUCGAAUAACUCUCAUGCCUACUAUUUGAAGAAGAAGGGUAGUCAAGGAUUUAGCGUCGAAUGGAACAUCGAUCAUCGAUUGCGUGAUGUCAAUAUGUUUGUUAGUAAUUUGAAUGGUGAAAUCUAUGCGGAAUGCCAAUUGGGUGGCAUUAAACAAGUAAUGGUCGAGGAAGAUACGGGCGUACUGUCAACUGUUGUCCCUACGGGAGAGCCAGUGAUAGCAUUCCGUAUACUUCAAGGCCUGAAAGACGAGUGUGUUGUGCUCUUGCAUAGCGAUAAAGUGGCCAUGGUUGAUCUUCAGACGGGACACACAUUGUGUGAGGUGCCUGUACGAGGUGCAUGCGCUAUACACUCUCAUCGGCUUAUACCCUAUGUAAUAGUUGGCACUAUGGAUGGACGUCUCAUUUUGAUACACUUUGAGAAGCCAACCCAGGGGAAUGUUUUGUAUGAACUGCAAGCGGAAACGGCAGCUGUCUUUGCCAUGGACUAUCAUGACAAUUGUGUGGUAUUUCAGGAUCAAGCCAAAGCUUUGCAUAUUGUCAAUGUCGAAUAUCGUCCACCGAAAAUGACACACUACUUUGAGAUGAAUGACGAUGAGCUGAUUAAGAAAGUCUUUAUACAAAGUUUCAUUUUGGUUGAAGGACCCCGCCUACUUGUAUGCAUUGCACGUGAUCGGACCAUUAAGCCGCCGGGCUAUGCCAAUGAAAUAUGGAUUUAUAGUUGGUCACGUGAUAAGCGUUUACAUAGACGUGAUUUCGCUCUACCCCAUGAUUAUGUGUCGUUUUGUGUUCAACCGCCCAUGGGUCGUUGGGAGCAAAUUGAGAUACUGGCAGCUGUGAUGGAUAGUACCAUCUUUGAUCAGUACCUUCUCAAUGAGAAGAAUGAACUGCAAUUGGUGGCAUCAACAAAAACUCCUCAUUUUGGUUUCAUUAUUGGUCUCGGUAUGACAAAACAUCUAUUGACCUGGGGCGUUGAUGGUAUUAUGGUGCAUUUUCGUCAACACAAACGUGCCAAGAAACCAUUCAUGAUAUCCCGAUUCCUUAAGCUGCUCUUCACUCCCAAGUACUUGGUUAGAGCCAAGGAGUGCUUCAAUUCCAAAUUCUUUAUCAUUCUGUAUUCGAAUCAGACUUUGCGGGUUAUGCGUUUACCCACUCUAGCGGAUAAUGUACGCGAAAAUAUCGAAUUAAAGUUGCCAUUUGAGCAGGAAAAUUAUAUACAACAAACGGGUUAUCAUAUAACAACAAUAAUACCCAUAUCUGUUAAAAUGGAAGUCAAAGAGGAUUUCAGUAAAGCGGAUUAUUUCAAACGCGACAAAGUUGUUGCCUUGAUCAAAGAGUUUUCGGCCAAAGUGACGUCCCUAAUUGACUAUGACAUGGCUAUGACGGGUAAAAGUCAGGGUAUAUUUAAGAAAUUCUGUUUCAAUUACGCCUGGCUCGAUGCCCUUACCGAAGAGGCUCACAAACUAUGCGCCUUGGAACGUGAAUCACUCGAAAAGGCCAUACGGGAUCAAUCGCGUAUUAGGGAUUGGAUAAUGCGUCUUGUAACCCGCGAUGCUAUUAAUAUCAAUUACAAAGUUCGUUCCAUAUUUGCCGAUGCGAAUUUCGAAAGUUUUGGCAUGCAACGUAAACCGAAUAUGAAGGAGUUUGAUAAAUAUCGUUUCUACGACUUGGAAGAUCAUAUGAGAUUAUCAAUUUUAUCCAUGGAGGAUAUGGAUGAGACUGCACUCGGUGCCCAAUCAGGCCAUGGUCAGAGUAGAUCUCUGGUUGGCGAUGAAGAGGAAGCUGGUGGUGAAGAGGAAGAUGAGGAGGAUAUGAAAGGUUUCCAUGAGAUGAAACCAUUUGUGGUCGAAGGCCCAAGUGUGUAUGAUCAUAUGAUGGCACCAAUAUUCCAAUUGCAAAAUAAGAAUCUAGUCACAUCGAAUCAAAUGUUUAAUGAUAAUUGCAAAAUACGCUAUUAUCUAAAUGAUCCGCUCAAGCAGGAGUUCAAUAAACUAUUCCAUGAAGCUCAGCAGCUGAAACGUGAGACUAUCGAUAAUGUCCUUAAUACCAAUGGUGUGCUCAUGAAAAUCUAUAAUAACAUGAAUAUAAUGUUGCGUCUCUUGAAUAUGGAUCAGUUUGCCCCACCCGAACUAUCUGUGCCCACACUGGCCAAAGAUGAGGUUAUACAAUCGAUUAUGCAAGUCGAUGAUUCUGAAAUCAGUGCUGUCAAUCGUCGCAAACGUAAAACCAUUGAUACAGGUGGUAAAAAGGGUCGCCUUCUACUCUGGUCUGUGGAAUUUUGGGCUCGAGCUUUAAUUGUCAUGAUGGACGGUGUUAUUGAGAAACUUUGGGAGGAGGAGAUCAAAAAGGAUAUAGCAAUUCCGGAAUUUGUAUUAAAAAAGCAGCCACACGAAUACACACUAGAAGAUCAGAAAAUAUUCCGUGCCUACGAAGAGGCAGUGAAUCAAUUAAACGAGGAUCGUGCCAAAUAUUUGCGAAUUCUUCAUGACAAUGAAGCAAAAACUUUAGAUCAGAAAUCCCAGCAUAUCCUUAAACUAAACAAACGUGUUGCCGAACUUAUGCUAAUGAAACUUAAAUAUGAUUUUGCCCUCAAACAGAAUCAAGUCCGUUUACUCAAUUUGAAAAUCAUCAAUUUCUCUCGAGUACAAAUACGCAAACGAGUUCACAUGUUCCGUGGGGACAUUGAUAAACUGAAUGAAUAUAUAACACGUUAUUGCAAUUUACUUGAAUACUGGGAUAAGGCUCUGGUCGAUGUUAAGACACGCCUGGAGACCCAACAGACAAGAGAUCGAGCCAUUGAGAGACAUUUUCGUAGUAACUUUCUCAACACAGUGCCACAUGCCACACAUGAAAUGACAAAACUAUUUAAAAGACGUCCAAAAUUGCCAACAAAAUUAUUCAGUUCUGCAUUAAUUUGUAUUGAGGCAUCGCAUAAGCUAAGUGGCAAACAGGCUCAACGCAUCGCAUUCCCACUGCCCAAAGAUAUUUAUGAUUUCUUGGCUAAUAUCGAUGAGAUUGAUUUACAAAAGUAUUGCCCCCCCCAGGUGGACCUUAAGUGUUGGGAAUCAUUUGUGAAACUGAGACGACAGAAAAUUGAAAGUGAAUUGCGUCUCAAGGGCAUUGGUUAUCAGAUGUUGGAUUGUCAAAGCUAUUUGAAUAAUCUCACCAAAGAUGUGGCUGGCUUAAAAGAGUCAAAGACCGUAACGCAAAAACACAUGGAGGAAAGCACUCAGAAAUAUUUAGAGGUAAUGCGAAAUAUGACACUCCAAUGUACCAUAUCAUUGGGUCAAGUGGAAAUAUCGGUAAUGGGCACAACAACUUCCCUGUCAAAUUCUGUGUUGAUGCAUGUGGAUGAUAUCAAUGAAGUAAAUCAUUUGAUAAAGGAUGCUGGCAAUAAGAAAAUUAAAGCAAUGCAACGUGUAGCCAUAUUUCGAAGACAGGUGAUCUUUAAGGAAUGGGAGCAUAAGUUGUUUAAAGUUAAUAUUGCCUAUCUCAAGUAUAUGCUCGAUGCCAUUGAGAAAUGUAAAGUGACAAUAGAAUUUCUUAAUAUUUUACGUAAUUGGGAAAAGGUCAAGGCCGAGCGUCAAAAAUUUAUGGCCGCUGGGGCCAUAGAACGUGUAAUUGAGCAAAAAAUAGCAGCUUUUCGAAAGCAUAUUGAACGCAUAAAUGUCAAAAUCGAUCAUCUAAAGGCCAGCACUUUGGAAGUCAAACGUAGUAAUCAUGCCGUCGAUUCGAAAAUUGAACGCCUUAAGGUUGAUAUGACAUUUCAGAAUACCUUGAGGGACACUAUGAUGGAAGAGCGACGAGAUCGAGAGCAGCGCGAAAGAAUGGCCCAAAUAAAAACGCAUCGCCAGCUAAUGGAAAAUGUACGUCGACGUUAUGCUCAUGUCUUGGAAUUGCAAACAAUUUUGGAACUACUACGUUUACGUACAUAUCCCACAUUGGGACCUCCGUUGCCCCAAUGUCAUCCGCCAGUGCCCGAGCAUAUAUUAAGUUCAAUGCUUUAAUAGGGGAGAUGUAAAUAAAUUUCGCCUAAUUCAUAUAA